CCUCGUGUGCCAGAGCCCUUAUAUGCUCUCAGUAGCAAUUACAUUUACACAUUCACCUUAACUCUAGUCAUUUGGCUUUAAAAUGGGAGUUGCCAAUUGUAUGAACCAGCCCUGUACUUGUUCUUCAGAUCUCAGCCCUUGUUAUUUACACUAAGGAUCAGCAGUCAGAGCGCAAGUGCUCACUAACCCAGUAGCCUGAGCCGCUCACAUAAAUAUUUACCUGCAACCUGUCCCUCCCAACGGAACUCUGUUACCUUCACUCCUAGCAGUGAGACUGGGGAGAGGCACCCACACUAUGGCUUCCAAGCCAGAAGGGAAGAGAGCCUCGGUGGCCAGCAUGACGAACCUAGGGAAAAGAGACAGCCUGGAGAAACCCUUACAGCCCCCCCUUAGAGGGAAAGCCUCCUUGGGCAAAGUAUCCUUCAGUAACCAAUCAUCUUGGAGCUUGUCCGGGCUUCUCGCUGCUCAGAGGAUGACCAAGAAUCUGAAGGAGAAAAGAGCAUUGAAAGGAGCGAAAAAGACAGAGAUAGUGGAGCCCCAGCCUCCCUCCUUUGCCUCACACCCCUCAGAGAAGAUCCAAGUGACUGCCAUGAAACAGGUCCUGGAGAGUUAUCUCCCCGAGAGACUUGGCACGAUCACCUACAACCCUGCCAGCGCCCCAUCCCUGGUGAAGGAAGUCAGCGAAGAGGUCAAGGGCCGCGUAAAACGGGUGCUGCCCACUCGCUACAAAGCGCUGUGUGUGGUGACGCUGGGCGAACGGGGGCAGGAAGAUAUCGCAGUGGUCAGCCGCUGCCUGUGGGACUCACACUCUGACAGCUACGUGGCUCACGUCUAUGAGAAUUCAAGCCUCUUCUGUGUAGUAGCUGUGUAUGCCGUAUACUGUGAGUGACAAAAUGGCGCCUCCCAUUGUGCGACUCUGGAAAUCUGAACCUUUGGUCCUCUGGCAUUUGUAAAUGGGAACAUAUUCCCUAGCUAUAAAUAAAUAUAUAUAAUGGCAUGGUGGUACAGGUGUAGGGCAUUAAUGGGCCAGGCCACAUUAACAAUAAAGCCACCCUAAACCUCCCUUUUAAAGGAAAACUAUAACCCCCAACAUUGUGGAUCUCAAUAAAAAUAUACCACACAAAGCAGCUCAUAUCUAAACCCCAGUGAUUCAGGCUUUCCUUGUCCUUGUGUCUUUGGUCCCCCCCACCCAAGCCCCACAGCUGACAUGAAGCUGGAGUUUUACGUUAUAUCUUGCACCCAGUUUGGCCUACCCCAGUGGCAAUGAAGACUGACAGUGUAAUGCUUUUCCCACACUUGAGUGUCUGUAGCCAUAGGGCCUUGCCAAACGUUUCAGCAACUGUUUUCAAUGCUGCAACAUUGUUUUUCCUCUACCUGUUACCUAAAGAUUAGGCAAACACUAGCUGAUACUCCCUGUCAGCAUGAAUGCUUGGGGCAGGGAGUAGAUUUCCUAGGCAUUGUCUAAUGACCAAGUUGCUAACUUUGCACCUAGAGCCCAGAGCACUUCUUUUUUCAAAAAUGAACCAUCUGUGGCCCUUUGCUGGACAGCACUGUGUCUGCCCUAACCUCCCGGGUGUCCCGUGGGGCUGACUGGGCUCGGGCAUGAGUAGUACAGUGCUUGUGUUCAGCUCAAGCUACAGCUAGGGCCCCUGGAAGCAAGAAACAUGGCACCAGUACCAGAGCCAGUUUAUUUCAUUAAAACAAAAGGCACACAGGCCAGGUUAGCAACAAGUGACUGGCCAAGUGCUAUUAGCGACCAUGGCAAUACUGCACAUCUCAGUGCCCACCCUGCACGCCUUCCCCCAGCUGCUUGGUCCACAUGUCAUAUGGCCACCACCAGACCUGGACUGGUAAAUGCCAGAGGGGCUGCUGUAAGAUGCCAUAGUCACUAUUUAUUGGGCUGGUGGGGGGCUGUUUGGGCCUCCAUUGUCUACUUAUACCCAGGCCCAACCUAUACAAGGCCCGGGCCUAGAGCGGCACAAAUUUAGGGGUGGCAUGCCACCCCACCGCAACAAAAUUUUGAAACUUUCUCUCAUACGGAGCAAUGGGGACCUCACCCCACCCCACUGCUCCCUAUGAGUGUUUAAAUGCCCACGCCUGGGCCUUGUGGGGGCGCCCAGAUUGGAAAUCUGUCCCUGCCUAUACCUAGCUUUGCCCCUUUACCCUCCCCCAGUGUUUUUCUUUACCCGUCUCUUAAAACAAUGAUCAAAGUUGCAAGCCAAUAAAUAUAUGCACCCAAAUAAUUGAUCUAUGUGGAAAUUGUUAGUUGCUUUUAAUGUGUAGUUAUCCUCAUGUAAAUUCACUGUUCUUAUUAUGUGUGUGUGUAUAUAUGUAUAUAAAACUCUGUUAUACUGAUUUUCCCCCCUAACAACGUGUCUGUGAUUAACACGCCUAAUCCAAAAUAUGAUUUUUUUCCUCACAAAUCAGACGCUUAAGCUUAUUGCGUUUUGCUUCAAUUAUAAGCACUACUCA